AUGAGAAACCAGCUGAUGGACCUGAUCCGCGAGACCCGGGCCCCGGAGCCCAAGAGGAAAGAAACCGUCGCUUCACGCUGGGACCAACUGCUGGGCACGGCGCGGAACCAGAAUGCCGCCCACCGCAACAACAACGAGAACAACACACCCACCACGACCUCAACCUCGACACUACUCUCCGACCUGCACGAGGACAUCUACUCGUCGUCGCUGCCGCCAAUUACGCUGCGCCUGCGGCCGACGCUGGGCCGCACGGUGGACGGGAUUUACGGCGACCCGACGCGCGGCUUCCGGCUGCUCGAGCGCAAGUGCCACGAGAACAGCGUCAAGGCCGACAUGCGCAGCCAGGAGAAGCACGUCCGCCGCGGCCAGCGCAGGAAGAACAUCCGCAUCCUGCGGUGGCGCAAGCUGUUCAUGGAGGGUUUCCGGAGCGAGCUGGGCACGAUCCGCAAGAUGAGGAAGCAGGGGUGGUGA